AAGGAAGAAAUCAAAGUUAGAAAAAGGUGUUACCAAGAAAAAGAAAAAUGUUCAUUCUUAUUCUAAUCAGCUGUGCUCUCUUCAGUGGAGUGUCAUGUCAAGACAGACCUACCAUUAUAAGUCCAGAAGGAAAGGAAUUGAUUAAAAAUGCUGGUGAACCUAUACAAUUUUCUUGCACAGGUUCUAAAAAAAUUUUUUUUUACUAUCCAACGAAUUACGGAUCCGACGAGGAAGUAUCGAAAAAGGUUAUAUCAUCGAAAAUAGAAGUAAGCGAAAAUAAUACAAAUUUUGGAAGUACAUACAAUUUUUCUCGACGUAAAUCCGUACCUGGUGAUACGGGUUGGUAUGGUUGUUCUUAUCACAAACGAACGAUCACUCGAGAGGAUUAUUAUGAUCCCGAAUUUAGUUGGGUCUACGUUUACGUGGAUUCACCUAACAGUUCGUUUGUCGAAAAUGUGGUCGAAACUAUAGAAGGAGUAACCGGUAAUAUGGUUGUGAUACCAUGUCGACCAACUUUGCCAAAUUUGCAAGUUACUUUGUACGAUCAAUUGGAUAUGGUUAUCGAUGAUGAAUUAAAUAUUUCAUACGAUCCUAAAUUUGGAUUUGAAAUGUACGAUCUUAGCUUGCGUAACAAUGGACCUUAUACAUGUUCAAUUACGAGAAAUGAUAAAACGUACAACGUCACUUAUCAUUUGGAUGUUUUUAGUAAACCAACAUUAUUAAUCACAAAUGUGGAAUCGUAUUAUUUGCCUGGUGAAAUUUUUGAUAUUCAUUGUAACGUAGAGGCUUAUCCAGAACCAGAAAUUUAUUGGACUUUUCUACAAUGUCCUAAUUAUCCUACCCUGGUUAAUUCCAGUCUCAUCAAAUUAAAUUCAGGUAUGAAAAUUGAAAUGUCUGGUUUCAUUAGUUGUACAGCUUGUAAUUCUGAGGGAUGUGAUUCAACUACCAGUAAUGUUACGGUGUCUGAUGGUGUCAAAGGAUUUGGUAUAAUAGAACCUAAGGGACCAAUUGUUGAAAGUGAUGACAUCGAAAUCAUUUGUGCUGCAUCUAUUUAUAAUUAUACUAAUAAUAAUUUAUGGAUGUAUAAUAACGGYACGGCUAUAUCUGACAAUGAGAGAAUCAAAAUUAUUUAUACGAACACUUCGUUCACUCAUCGUGCAAUAUUGCAAAUAAAAAAUGUUCAACUUAAUGAUUCGAUGACUUAUCAUUGUAAUGUAGACACCAAAUAUAAAUCAUCCUUUUUUAAGUACAAAAUGGUGGUUCACAAACAAAAAGAACCUUCAUUUACAAAUAUGAAUUUAAAUGAUACUGAUUUGGUCAUCGAUUUCGGUAAAGAAAAUCACAAACUUAUUAUUUUGAAGUGCUAUGUAGAUGGUAUGCCUAAACCACAAGUUACAUGGUAUAAGGAUAACGUGAGAUUAAAAAACAGUGAACAAUACGAAUGUAAGAGAGAUAAUCAAGAACUUUACAUAAAUUUUUUUUUUAAAUACGACAGUGGAAAAUAUUCUUGUAGAGCUGAAAAUCGUGUAGGAAAAAUAGAAGCUUAUCAAAAUAUAUUGAUAAUAGGAAAAGAAUGGUAUCAUUCUACUAAAAAAUUAAUAAUUUUAAUCGUUGUACUGACAAUCUUACUGAUCGGCUUGAUAUUGUACCUUACAAUUAAAGUUCGUCGUGAAAAGAAAAUGAGGAAGGAAUUAUUGGAAACUGGUCUAAUGCAUUUCGAGGAAGGUGCUUUGGAAUUUUUAAAUCCGGAAUUGACAGUAAAUGACCAAGCAGAACUACUUCCUUACGAUAAGAAAUGGGAAUUUCCAAGAGAAAGGUUGAAACUUGGAGAACAAUUGGGUAGUGGAGAAUUCGGGGUUGUUAUAAAAGCAGAAGCUAUAGGAAUUAAUGCUGGUGAAAAUGUAACAACGGUUGCAGUUAAAAUGGUACGACGUACGACAGAUCCAAUUUAUAUUCGUGCACUAGUAAGUGAAUUAAAGAUUAUGGWACAUCUUGGUAAACAUUUGAACGUCGUCAAUCUUUUAGGUGCUUGCACGAAAAAUAUUUCAAAACGUGAAUUAUUGGUCAUCGUUGAGUACUGUCGAUUUGGUAAUUUACAUAAUUUCUUAUUGAGACACAGAAUAGAUUUUAUCAAUCAAAUUGAUCCUUCCACUGGUAAAUUUGAUCCUACAAUUGGUAUUGAUCUUCUCACGAGAACUGCCAGUAUAAGCAGUAAUAAUAGGAUAAAAUAUGCGGCAUUGUCUUUUACUCGCAGUACUAGUGUAAAUUCCGGCACCGAGAUGAUUCACUAUUAUGUUCCUAAUACAACGGACUCUCAAGGUACAUGUAUGUCACCUAAUGGAGGUUGUACACUUAGCAAUAAUUCUCCACAACCUGGUUGUAGAUCCAAUUAUCGUGGUGAUUAUGAGGAUCAUAAUUUGAAACCAAUUUGUACUCAAGAUCUUUUGUCUUGGGCAUUUCAAGUGGCUCGUGGUAUGGAAUAUCUUAGUCAGAGAAACGUAUUGCACGGUGAUUUAGCUGCAAGAAACAUAUUACUCGCUGAAAAUAACAUAGUUAAAAUUUGUGACUUUGGUUUGGCUAAAACAAUGUACAAAGAUGGUAAUUACCAGAAGAAAGGUGAUGGACCAUUGCCCAUAAAAUGGAUGGCGAUCGAAUCGAUAAGAGAUAGAGUGUUUUCUACGCAAUCGGAUAUAUGGUCUUUUGGAAUUGUCCUUUGGGAAUUCUUCACAUUGGCUGAAACUCCUUAUCCAGGUUUGGAAGCUGAGAUACAGUAUCAGAAACUGAUAGAAGGUUAUAGAAUGGAAAAACCAGCUUAUGCUACUCCAGAUGUAUACAAAAUAAUGUUGCAAUGUUGGAAAGAAAAACCAACUUUGCGUCCAGGUUUCACAGAAUUGGUGGAAAGCAUUGGUAAUUUGUUAGAGGAAAGUGUAAAAACGCAUUACAUAACUCUGAACACACCUUACAUGGACAUGAACACGAUGAUUUUGGAUGGUAAAAACGAUUAUUUAACGAUGAUGUCAGCACCAGAUCAUACAACUCUAUCAGUGCCAUCUGGUGAUUAUGUGAAUUCACCUAUUUCGGAAAAUCCACCAGAUUCGACAUAUUUAUGUAUGAGUCCAACAAAUACUGGUGACGAGUCGGACAUAUUUAGUCCUAGACCGGAUGCAGAAAAAUCGCAUUUUGAAUUUCCUUCGGUGACGUCUGAUAACGAGGAUGCAAUUGAAUUAUCACCAAUGUUAAAUAACGUAGAUGAUCCGUAUUUAAAACCAAUAAAUGUGCACGAAAGAAGAGCAGAAUUUGCACGUAAACGACAAAUUGCAAAUGUUAAACCGACCGAACGAAUAAAUAGCAUAGAUUCUGGUUAUUGUAAUGCACCACGAAAUCUUAAUUUGUUAGAUAUAAAUGAAAAAUUGACGAUAGUAAAUGAAGUUGAAAAGAAUGAAAAAGAAAAGGAAAAGGGGAUCAAAGAAGAAGAAAAAAAUUGUCAGGAUCAGACGGAUUCUAUUCCAAAAAAAAAAGAAUACACACCGUCCAUUAUAAGAACUCAAGACAAUUAUGUGAACAUGCCUAAACAGAAGAAUGAUUUMAAAACAAAUACACCUGAUUGCUUUAGCAAUCCCAGUUACAUCAUGAUGGGAAAAGAAUUAAAUCAUACGUUGGUGUGACUUAUUUUGAUUSAUCUYGUUGUUUGAAGAGAUUUAUUAAAAGUGGAACAAGUUCAAAAAGACAAUCGAAACUYGUGAAGAGGUUUUUUUGAAGAAACUCGAUUWUGAUAAUGCAAAAAGUUUUAUCGUAAUCGAUUUGUUACUUACAUCGUUUGAUGAAGAUUUCAUCAACAAAAAAUUUCYAWYGAGAAUUAGGUGUUUCCAAAUAAAUGACUAUAUUUUUUGAAAAAACAUUUUUAAACAUAGAAUUUAGGUAUUAGGUUUUAGACAAUCAUCUCGUUUGUCAUUUGUCAUUAAUAUCUCUUUCUCGCGAAUAUAGUCUCUUCGUUUAAACGAUAAGUACAAAAAUUCGAUGUUCCUCAGGUACGUCUCACGGAAUUUUCUUUUCUUUUUUUGUUAUUUUAAUAUAAUUUAUAAAAUGAUAAAA